GGACAAUAUUGAUGACCAAGUGUUGCUCCUUCUCCUUCCUGUGAGUCCAGCUUUGUUCUCCUGAUGUGUUUCCAUUCCCAACUCAGACGCAGCUCUCACUCUGCUUCAUGACACCAUCAGCAUCCAGGAAACCACAGACCACCAUGCAGCAUUCAUGAUCACAGGAGAUUUCAGCAGCUGCAGCUCAGACUGAACACACUGAAGACUUUCAGCAAGACAACAUCCCAACAAACAAGGAGACACACUGGGAGAGAUGAGAGCUUUCAUACAUGAUGUCUGCAGAGCUUCCUUCAGACCUGCUUUGGAUCUUCAGAGCACAUUUCUGAUGUUUCUGCCAAGGAUCCAGACAGGAGCUCAGAGCAACGUCUCCAAGACAGUUCAGGUAUGAUCUCCUGAACAUCAGCUCAUAUUACAGGACUGUUUUCUUCUCAUUCAGACACUUUUUAAAUCUGCAUCCAAUCAUGAAGAAGCAGCAAACUUUAUUCCAGUUGAUCCUGAGGACAACAUGAAGAUCUGAACUAACUCCCAGAUCCAGUCCAUGUGGACUAAAGUAGUGGACCGACCCACUGACUGACAUCAACAUCAGAACCAUGCUGCUAGUGUGGCUAAAAGAGAAGAGAAGAAGAGACAGUCAUGUUGAUGUGAACAUUAGAGAAACACAUCAUGGAGCUGAAAUAUGGUCCUGCUUCAUCAUUUGGACCGGUUCACCUCAGCUGACCCAUUCAACAGCAGACUGGGUUUUGGAGCAGUCUUUCUCACUGUGUGGAGGGUUCUGGUACCACAUCUUUGGUUCUGGAACCAGACUGUAUGUUUCAGGUAAAUCGGUGAAGAAACCCGAGGUGACUGUGUGCUCGGUGAAAACAGAACCCACCAUGGAGGGAAAGACCGCUCUGAUGUGUCUGGCCUCAGACAUGUUUCCUCCUCUGGUCCAGAUCUCCUGGAAAAGGCAGGAGAAGAACAACAAGCAGGAGCAGCUGCCCCCUGCUGAGGAGAAACAGGUGGAGUUCAGCGGGUCAGAACGUUCUGCCAUGGUCAGGCUGGUUAAUGAUGAUACUCUCUACAAUUAUGAAUACAUCUGUGAAGUUAUACAUGAGGGCGGCAAAGUGAGGAACCAAACCCUGACCCAAGAACCUCUAGAACUUCCAGGUCCAACAACCACGUCUCCACCAGUAGCAGCAACAUCUCCACGUUCUGGUCUACCAGCAGGUUCUGGUCCACCAGCAGGUUCUGUCCCUCCUCAGCUGCCAGUGAAGCUGUCAGUGUCCUUCCAGUCUCAGUGCAGGGUGAAGCUGCUCUGCCUGCUCUACACGGUGCUGAUAGUGAAGAGUCUGGUGUACUGCUGUGGACUCUCUCUGCUGAUGAUGCUCAGAACCAAGGGACCGUCCACCAUCUGAACACCUGCUGACUCACUGUUUUCUCUCCAACUUUUAGUACCAUCACAUCUCAGCGAUUUAUCUCAUUCACCACUUUAAUCAGUAUUAACAAAUGUUAUUAAAGACAAACUAGAAAAUAAAUUUGAUUUCAUUUUGCUGCUUUUUAUUCAAAUAAUUAUUUCUUGCUUUUUAUUUUUUAUACACUGUAAACACAGAGUGUUAAAGGUUCUGUACAUUGAUUAAAAAGUAUUUUAAUAAACUCAAAAAUAUAA